AUGACAAUUGACAACUCUUAUCGUGAAUGUGAAAUGAUUGGGAUAUGGAAUUGCUAUUUGAUUCUUGUUCAUUAUUUUGCUCAAUUAAAAUAUUAAGUAACUAUUGAUUUAAUACCACAACGCUUUAUUAUAGCGCUGGUGAGACUUUAAAAUAAAUAAACUCUCCUGUUAAUAUGGUUCUAACAAAAGAAUACAGGAUUUGCAUGCCAAUUACUGUAGAAGAGUAUCGUAUAGGACAAUUGUAUAUGAUAGCUCGUCAUAGUUACGAACAAUCUACAACUGGCGAAGGAGUGGAGGUUAUAGCUAAUGAAGAAGUAACUGAUGAAGUAAACGGUGUUGGACAAUUUACUGAGAAACGAAUACAUCUUUCAAGUCACUUACCAUAUUGGAUACAGAAUAUUAUACCCCGUGUAUUUUAUGUAACUGAAAAAGCAUGGAACUAUUACCCAUACACAAUAACAGAGUACACUUGCUCUUUUAUCCCAAAAUUUUCAGUAUCUAUACAAACUAGAUAUGAGGACAAUAAUGGAACAACUGAAAAUUGCUUAUGCCUUUCUGAGGAAGAAAUUGAACAAAGGCAAGUUGAUUUCCUUGAUAUUGCAAAUGAUGAAAUCAAACCCCAUCAUUAUAAGGAAACUGAAGAUCCUAAACUUUUUAAGUCUGAAAAGACUGGCCGUGGACCUUUGACUGAGGGCUGGCGUGAUUCACAUAAACCCAUCAUGUGUUGCUAUAAAUUGGUAAAUGCAAAGUUUGAAGUAUGGGGACUGCAGACAAAAGUUGAAGAUUAUGUACAAAGUGCAAUCCGGGAAAUUCUUUUACUUGGACAUCGCCAGGCAUUCACAUGGAUGGACGAAUGGUUCAACAUGACCCUUGAAGAUGUGAGAAAUUAUGAAAAGGACAUGCAGGCCAAAACUAAUAUUAAGGUAAAGACUGCUCUUGAGAAUGCAGAGGGUGAAAGCCAAUCUCCACCUCCCACCCCAAAAUCGCCAAAAUCUCCAAAAUCACCAAAAUCUCCGAAAACCCCAUCAGCAUCUGGUACACCCACAGAGACAAAGUCUUGGUUUUCAUGGUCCUAAAGUGUGCACAAAAAUUUAAAAAACAAAACCUAUCACUCUCAGAAACAGGGUUUAAUUAAGUCAUAAAAUAAUAUAAUUUUUGGUUUAAUUUUCUCUUGUCAGUCACUCACACACAUUGUUAGAUAUACGUAUGUGGGUUGACUUAAAAGUUAAUUCUUUAAGCUAUGAAUGUUCCUGCUAAUUCAGAUUCAAUAUCUACAGAAUAACCUAAUUUAUCACAAUUUUGCAAUUAUUUAUUUUACAUUAUAUUUAUUUGGUUCUUUGUAAAUCUUGCUGCACAUUGAGACUUGAGAAAUAUUUUAAUUUGAAAAAAUUUAUAAAGAAAAAAAAAUUGAAUGAGGCAAAAUUGUUUUUUUCUUUUCAAUACUUUAUACUCAUGAAAAUAUGGCUGAAUUAAAACAUUAAACAUAUUGACUCAUUCACAUAUUUUAUAAUACAUCUAGAUCCAGAAUAGAAUUAACAUCUGUUUUGAUUAAUUCAGUGAUUGAGUUAUUCUUGAAAAUAUGAUUAUAUAUUAUUAUUGAUUAUUUACGACACAAAGAGACUAAUUGCUCUUUUGGGACAUCUGUAGUUCAUAUCUAAAAUCAAAACUUAUAUUCAUUGUGUCUUGCAUUUUGGCCUAAUUGUCUACACAUUAAAAAAGAUAUAUAAAUAGCAAUCUCACAAUAAAUAAUAAUAUGAAUAGUUUGUGACUAGAGUCAGACUUUGAGGUAAUAUUAAAUUUUAUGAUUUAAAUUAAUUUAUCAAGUGGUUAUAGUGUAAAAUAUCGCCUCCCUGGCUUAGUGGUAAAUGCAUGUGAAUUCUUAAUUAUAGAUUAGACCUAUUUAAUAUAAAUCAAGUUUCUAAUGAAACAAUGUUACGGGUUGGUAGGCUUGGGACUUCAACCAAUGGUUAUGAAAGAUUUUCGCAGUCAUAUGUUUAGUAAGAAAUACUCUAGCUAGAUAAUUAUUAUUGUUGUUGCUUUGUGGCCUAAUAUAAGUAUUAAUAUUUAUAGAUUUAUAGUAGGUUAUUUAUUUCUUGUUUUAUUGAUAUUAACAUUCCAAUAUUAUAUUAUACAAGACACACAGCCGAAUCAAACUAAAAUCUAAUCAAUAAUAUUUUUCUUUACUAAAAAUUUCGACAAGCUAGACAAACCAUUUAAUAGCUGAUUAAAGAUUUUAGUACUCACGAAGGUAUUGUAUGAAUAGUUAUGUCAUGAUUUUUAUGUUUUAUAAGUAGGUGAUCGAACAAAUGUACAAAUAAUUAAUAUUUAAUGGUGUUACGUGUGCAAUUUAGUUGUUAUUAAGCAAUAAUUAUUAUAUAAUAGUACCGGCACAAGUAGCUGCCAUGUUUUUACCUUUGAUUAUUUUAGCUUUUAAAAGUUUAUAUUGUGUUUUUUAGAAUGCACGAAUAUUGUUGAUGUACGAGUUAAAAAUAUAAAUGUAAAGAUGUAAUCAGUGGCAUUUGCUGUUACAAAUG